GCCCCGCCCGGCCCCGCCCGGCGCGGGGGGGAGCGGGACGCGGUACCGGGCAGGGCAGGGCUGUGCGUCCCCGGCGGCGGCGGUCGGGCUUGACAGAGGCGGGCGGCGGCUGCAGCCCCAUGGAGCCCAGCUAGGGGCUGCUGCACCUUCCACCGGAGGCCAAAUUAUGUUGGUGCCGAUGCUCCUGGCAGCCCAGAGGCGCCACGGAUCUCACUGAUGGCGAUGUAGAGUCAGUGCCGGCAGAGCCCAAGAAGCCCUGCAAUAUGGAGGAGCUUUACAAGGAUGCCCCAAACCUGCCCAUGGACGUCACCAACUCGCCCUCGGCAAUGGCCAACAACAAGCUGGAGAACGGGGUGGCCCAGCUGAUCACAGCAGAGGCCUGGAACAUCAAUUCGGCCGACCUGAUGAAGAAGGCCCUGUCGCCGCUGGUGACAGUCCCUGCACCCUCCAUCCUGACACCACCGGCCGAGUCGCAGAGCGGGGUGGCUCUGAAGGUGGCGGCCACCGUGCUGCAGCCUAUCUGCCUGGGGGACAGCCCUGUUGUCCUGCCCAUCCACCUGCAGGUAGCCGGCAGCACCGCCCCACAGAUGCCAGCCACCAACACCACCACCCCCUACGUCAUGACGACGCAGGGCCCUGUUCCGCUGCCUGUCCUCCUGGAGCAGCACGUCUUCCAGCACCUGAACUCUCCCCUGGUGCUGCCCCCGGGGGCCACCUGCCCUGCCAGCCCCCUGCACACCAGCCUCUUCCCUGGUGCUGCUCCCCCCGUCGGGCAGCCCCAGCUCCUGGAUCCCAAGCCCUCCAGCCAAGCACAGGAGACUGUCCUGCCCCCCGUCUUUCAGACACCGGGGUUCGCUGCCGUCCUUCAGGACCUGUUUCCUUCACAGGGUGCCCUGGGCUCUGCCCCCUGCCAGCCCCCCCCGGACUACACCACCGUCCCGCCCCAGGCCUUCAGCUCACCCCUCUCCCCACUGGUGCCCCCUGCUACGCUGCUGGUGCCCUACCCUGUCAUUGUGCCCCUGCCUGUCCCUGUCCCCAUCCCCAUCCCUGUCCCCAUCCCUGUGCCCCACGGCGCUGAGGCCAAGGCAGCCCCUGACCCGCCCAAGCCGCAGCUCUUCACUGCUCACUCCUGCAAAGGCACCCAGACCCCGCUGGAGAAGGAGGAGACAAAGCCCUUCGACCUCCCGCAUCCACGGGAUUUUCCCCAGCUGAGCCGCCAUACUGUCAUCAAGAUGGGCAGCGACAAUGAGGCGCUGGACCUCUCUAUGAAAGGGCCACCCAUGCCCCGGGCCAGCGAGGUGGCCCCACCACCACCACCUGAGGACGGGGCCCUGGACCUGUCUCUUGCCUCCUGUCGCAAGCCAGCGGGUCCCCUUGGGGAGGUGGCCAGUACCAUCCCCACCGCCGCUGCUGAGGCCGGCACUCACCCUGUGCUGGACAAGCUCCCCGGCCCAGCUGCCCCCUUCACCCCCUGCAAGCCGCAGGAGGCAUCGGGCAAGGUGGAGGGCAGGGGGGCAGGCGGCGGGCAGGCUGAGCUGCUACGGCAGCCGCAGAAGUGGCUGGUGGAGCAGGCGGGCAGGGCGGGCUGCGAGCCCAAGGCCAGCAACAACAUCGAGAUCGUCAGCACCUCGCAGACAGCCAAAGUCAUCGUCUCCGUCAAGGACGCCGUGCCCACCAUCUUCUGCGGCAAGAUCAAGGGCCUGUCCGGGGUCUCCACCAAAAACUUUUCCUUCAAAAGGGACCUGCCCCAGGACUCGGUGCUGCAGUGCUACGACGUGAAGAGCCCACCCGAGCCCCGGGACAGCGCCGAGGCCCUCAGGAAACCCGUCAAAAACAGGAGUGUAAAGCUAAAGAAAAUGAACUCGCCGGAGAUACAUAUUCUUCCAAUCAAGAAGCAACGGCUCGCUGCCUUUUUUCCAAGAAAGUAAAUUAUGGGGUUUUAGAAUUUUAAUAUUAUUAUGAGAAGAAGGAGAAAAAAAGUAAUAAAAAGAUGCACUUGGGUUUAAACUCAUUUAAAACUUUAAACUAUCUUUGUAAGUUAUUUUUGGGGGAUGGGGGAGAGGAUCAGAUGUAGAGUCCCUAUAAGCUGGGUUGGUUGAUUCUUCUUUUCUUUUUUCCUUUUUUUGUUAUUGAAUUUUGACUUUUCACGGGAAACGGAAUAAAAAGCAACCUAUUUUUCAAGCAGAUUGCACAUUUUGCAGCUUUAAUGGAGUAAUGGAUGAGUCCGAGGGGUAAGAGCUAUUUUCACUGCCAUGAAGUGCUUUGAUGAUGUAAUUCUUCAGAACGGUUCAGAAUGGAGAUUUCAAAAUAAAUGUUUGUACGUGCUAA